AUGUUGAAACGCCACCGUUUUUCGUACCCCGUCAACGUAAGCAGCAUGUACGACCACGGCUGGAGAAACAUUACCAACAUCGACUUCAGCAAACCCUGCAUCGAGCAAGGUCGCCUUUCGCCGUCUUCAGCCAGCCGCCCCGGAGUCAAGUGGCUGGUAAUGGACGCAUGCAGCCUGACCUUCGAGGACGCCUCCUUCGAUACGGCUAUCGACAAGGGAACCCUGGACGCCAUCGCCUGCUCCGAAGCGUUCGAUUGGUUCCUUUCGCGCAUGGCGCGGAGUAUCGUUAGAGUUUUACGUCCCGGCGGGAUCUGGGUGUGCGUUUCUUUCACGCCGCCCGAGAUCGCGCUACCGUUGCUGGAGGAGUGCAAGGAGUGGGAAGUGGAGGUGGAGAAGUGGAGGUCGUUCUGGAUGUACGUGGGCAGAAAGAGAGGUAUCUGA